AUGAAGUUUGCAUCGGGAGGAGCUCUCCUUCCAGCAGUGAUAAUAUUCAAGAACAAUCCGUGGCAUGCUGUAGUGAAGCCUUUGUCCCAAAAAAACGAAUCUGUUUACGUUCCUCACGCACCGCAUUGCCCGGAAACUGGUAAAACCGUUUGCGUCAAUGUGCAUACGUAUCCCGAGGAGCAGGUGAUCCACAUGGUACACGGUACCAGAUUCCGAUACUUCAACUUCAGUACCGUUUUUUUCGAUGAUCGGGAAAACUUCGACGAACCACACAUUCAAAUUUGGGCACCGCCGCCUCCGGAAACCCCUACGUAUUCUGUGGCAACGCUGCUCUUGCUUCAAGAUGAGCCGCAGUACUCUUUUCAAAAAUCUCCCAACCCAUGGUGGGACUUGAAGCACUAUUCUAAAACACUGAAACGGAGAAAGAGGAAUACGAACGGCGUAGAGCCAGCGUGCGAGACUCGUAAUCUCUACAUUUCACCCAAAGUCGCUCUCAACGACAAAAACCAGUGGAAAUACAUCGUGAAUGCACAGGACAGGGAUCCUCGAAUAAAACAGAUCGUCCGAGCUGAGCUCUGCAGGAGCAUGGAUGAAGCCUGUUCUUCGAGCAUCAGCCUCCCAUUCGGCUACACAUCGGUUUGCAAACAGAAAUACUUGAAGAAAAAGCUUUUGAGUUUGGAUGUGGAUGGUCGAGGUCUUUCCGAGGAGAAUUUCUUCGUACCGUCUUGCUGUGUUUGUGAAUUAGUGAGAACAGCGUGA